GUUUGACGUUGCACGAUCCAAGAAUAACAACAAAGAUGCGACGAUCGAUGGUAAAUUGCAACCAAGUGCAAACCCAAGUGAUAUCGGAGGGUCGUUGGAUAGAGGAGGAUCCUCUACCCCAUUCCAGCAAGCACGUAGUGCUCGUUAUUCCCGGGAAUCCAGGUGUUCCACGAUUCUACGAAGGGUUCAUCAAGUCGCUCAACUCGAGAUUAACUCUGGAUACACCUGUGUGGGUCGUCGGACACGCUGGACACGUCCAGCCACCGGACAACUUGGAGAUCGCUAUACCCGGCAAUGACAAGUGGGCGGAAUGCUAUAGUUUGACAGCACAGAUUCAACACAAGGUAGAAUUCAUAAAAAAGUAUGUUCCAGAGGACACGCAAUUACAUCUCAUUGGACAUUCCAUAGGUGCCUGGUUUGUGCUCAAUUUACUGAAAAAUCAUGACAUUAGUGGUAGAAUAAGGAGAUGUUAUAUGUUAUUUCCUACGGUAGAAUAUAUGGCAGAGAGCCCUAAUGGAAAGUUCUUUUGUGGCUGUGUAUCACGCAUUGCACCGGUGUUGACUUUUCUAUCUUGGAUCUUUACAGGGAUCUUUCCAGUUUCUCUACAAUCAUUAUUGAUACGCAUUUUUGGUUUAUUUUAUGGUAUUCCAGCCAGAUCUGUUAAAGCGGUUCAGGACUUGUUAAAUCCAAAGGUCUUGGACAGAGUAUUCAAACUUGCCAGAGAAGAAAUGAAAUAUGUUAAAGAAGCUGAUCAUGAAACUAUAUCAAAAUAUACCGAUAAGCUUUGGUUUUAUUAUGGCGCCAGUGAUGGGUGGACUCCAGUGAAAUAUUAUAAAGACAUGGUAUCGAAACAUCCUGAUCUGAAUGUUCAAUUAUGCCAACGUGGUUUCCAACAUUCCUUUGUACUGAAAGACGACAUGGACAUGGGACACAUUGUUGGUGAUCUCAUCAAUGAAGAUUUGAAACAUUGAUAUUUAUCGAUUUAAAUUGCAUUUAAUAGUUAAUUAUUUUAAUUUUUGUGCAAUAUUUUUGGAUAUGGGUUUAU